GGCUUCUCAUUUCUCAGAGCAUCUCCCCUCUUUAAGCUUUAAACUACACCUUUCUCUCUCCAUUUUUCCCAUUUUUCAAUUCACUAGAGUUCCAAAAUCUCGAGAAGCCAGUCAAUACUUCACAUAUUUCUCUUUUUUUUCGCCUUUUGCCGUAUUCAGAAACUCCUUUUUCUAGGGUUUUUCCCUCUCUCUUGCCUCCAACUCCUCUGUUAACUGAUUCAAAGAGUAACAACUAAGCUACAACAAUGGCGGCUCAUUCUUCUCUUCUACGAUCUGCUCCUUCUUCUUCCUUCUUUGAUUUCUCCUCCUUUUCUCCUUCUUCCGAUAUUUCCAAGGUGUUUUUCAAUGGUUCAAAUCAGAAUGUUAGCUCAUUGAAGAUUCAAUCUAAUGAUCUCGGCACUGCUGUUAAUGGCGGCUCUUCUUCUAUCCGAUGCAGGAAAUGUAGGUCUACGAGCAUGCAGCCGAUCAAAGCAACAGCUACUGAAAUCCCACCAGCAGUCAAAAAUUCGAAGAGUGGUGGCAAAACUAAGGUUGGAAUCAAUGGCUUCGGUCGGAUUGGAAGGCUUGUCUUACGGGUAGCAACUUCUAGGGAUGAUUUGGAAGUGGUGGCAGUGAACGACCCUUUCAUUGAUGCCAAAUACAUGGCAUAUAUGUUCAAGUAUGACUCAACACAUGGACUGUUCAAGGGAACCAUUAAAGUCUUGGAUGAUUCAACUCUUGAAAUCAAUGGAAAGCAGGUUAAAGUUACAAGCAAAAGGAACCCUGAGGAUAUUCCAUGGGGUGAUUUUGGCGUCGAGUAUGUUGUUGAAUCUUCUGGUGUUUUCACAACAUUGGAAAAAGCUGCUGCGCACAAGAAGGGAGGUGCUAGAAAGGUGAUUAUUUCAGCUCCAUCAGCGGAUGCACCGAUGUUCGUUAUAGGUGUAAAUGAAAAAACAUACAAGCCAAAUAUGGAUGUUGUCUCUAAUGCAAGCUGCACCACCAAUUGUCUAGCUCCAUUGGCAAAGGUUGUACAUGAAGAGUUUGGCAUUGCUGAAGGUCUGAUGACAACAGUCCAUGCUACUACAGCAACUCAGAAAACUGUUGAUGGGCCAUCAAUGAAGGACUGGCGAGGAGGCCGUGGAGCUAGUCAAAACAUUAUCCCUAGCUCUACUGGUGCUGCGAAGGCUGUUGGAAAAGUCCUUCCUGAACUCAAUGGAAAACUUACUGGAAUGGCAUUCCGUGUUCCAACACCGAAUGUGUCUGUUGUGGAUUUGACUUGCCGACUUCAAAAAGAUGCUAGCUACGAAGAGGUUAAAGCUGCCAUCAAGUUUGCUUCAGAGGGUCCAUUGAAAGGUAUUCUUGGAUAUACAGAUGAUGAUGUUGUCUCAAAUGAUUUUACUGGUGAUUCAAGAUCAAGCAUAUUUGAUGCCAAGGCUGGGAUUGCGCUGAGUUCCUCUUUUGUGAAACUGGUUUCUUGGUAUGAUAAUGAAUGGGGAUACAGUAAUCGUGUUUUGGACCUGAUUGAGCACAUGGCAUUGGUGGCUGCCAUAUAAUUCAUGCAAAGCAAGGAUUACAGCUCGCGAUAUUUUCAGUGAAAGGGACCUUGAUUUUGAUGUAGGUAGAGAUUGAUGCUAUAUAGUAAGCAUAAAUUUUGUUCCGUGUGAGAUGCCAGUUAUUGAUAAUAAGGAUUGGCGAGAGCUGCAGCCAGAGUCUGCUGGCACUAUAUGUAGAUCGCAAUCACGAGUUCAUGUAUUAGUUGUUUCAUUUUUUAUUUUGCCUGGUGCUCUCUUGUAUAGAGUGCUUUAGGUAUUUGGGCAACAUAUAUUGGUGCCUUGGGAAAAAUAACCAAAAGUUCAAAACUGUUUUGGUUAAAUACUAAAAUCAAUUUACUAGCACUUUGGCUCUAAGGUGU